GUGAUCCACGUGGCUUGUAAAUAAUAGCAGAGAUAGACGUAGACAACAAUAAAAGCUCUGAACUAUAUAAUAGUGGUGUGGUGGCUGUCCUAUUACAAUCACACAAGUACGUACGGUAUGUCGACGACUGGAGGUGGUCAUAUUGAUGUCGAUGAGGUAUUCGAGAAAAUUGGAGGGUUUGGGAGAGCUCAGAAGAAGAUAUACUAUCUUAUGAACUCGGCUCAAAUAGCAGCUGGUUUUCACACAUUGAUCCUCACGUUCAUUGCGAUAGUUCCGGAAUGGUCGUGUGGAAAUAAACAGGGCCAGGGUGUGUGUACCCAGUUUGAUUUAGGUGAUUGCAAACCAAAAUAUGAUCCUUCUGUUUCAAGUAUCAUCGCAGAAUGGGAUUUAAUUUGUGGAGAGUCGGCACUGGCCAAGCUUUCCCAAUCAAUGUUUUUCGUUGGAUCAAUGUUGGGAGCAUGGAUUUUUGGAACUUUAGCUGAUCGAAUUGGCCGAAGAAAAGCUUACUUCAUCAGUAUUGCGUUGUCAGCUGCCUCGGGAUUCGGAUACAGUCUGGCUCCAAACUAUUACAUUUUUAUUAUCUUCAGGUUGCUGGUUGCACUGAAUUUAGCGGGUGUCAUCCUUUCAAGUUUCGUUCUUUCAAUGGAGAUAGCUGGGGCUGAGUAUCGAACAUUUGCAGGGCUGGCUUAUAGUGCUAUAUUUGCUUUCUGCUACCCCAUUUUGGCAGGGCUGGCAUACCUGAUCCCCAACUGGAGACUGUUGGGAGUGAUUUCCAGCCUAUCAUUACUCCCUUUUCUCCUGCUGUGGAGAAUCAUCCCUGAGUCUCCGAGAUGGCUGCUAGUGAAUGGACGUGAAGAAGAGGCUAGAGCAGUGCUGACCAGACUAGCCUCAGAAAAUGGAGUGGAAAUGCCUGCAGGACAGCUCAAGAAACCAGCUGUUUCGACUUCAGCAGAUCCUGUCUCAGCGUUGGACUUGUUUAGUGGGAAGGUCAUUCGUAGAAGAACUAUGAUAUUAUUCAUAGCCUGGUUCUGCAACUGUGUUCUCUACUAUGCCCUGUCCUUCAGUGCGGGAGACCUGGGCGGCAGUGUAUAUUUUAGCUUCACCCUGUCAGGGUUAGUGGAGGUCCCAUCUAUAAUGGUUGGGUACUUCCUUUUGCAGAGAUUCGGUCGUCGGUUACCGCAUGGAACUUUUCUGGCUGGUGGUGGUGUAGCUUGUUUCUCCGUUGCCAUCCUACAAUGGCUUGGUUCAAGUGUAGCUCCUAAGAUUGUCUUGGCAUUGGUUGGCAAGUUUGCAAUUGCUGGCUCUUUUGCUCUCAUCUAUCUGUACACGGCUGAGCUUUUUCCUACUCAAGUCAGGAACAUUGGAGCAGGUGUGUGUAGCAUUGGAGCACGGUUGGGAGGGAUCUUCUCUCCCAUCAUCCUCUUGUUGGCUGAUUAUAAUGCUAGUCUCCCCAUGCUAAUACUUGGUGUUCUGGGCACACUGUCCGGACUACUCAGCCUGUAUCUGCCAGAGACACUCAACACCCCACUGCCUGAGACCCUCAAUGAACUAGAAUUGUCUUAGAUAGAAUGUUCAGAUUAUUUUCCCAUUGUAUUUUCAUUGUCAGACCCAUCUGUACUGUAUAAUUAAUUAUUUAUUGACUGGA